GUCCGGCUGCGCCAUAAUCAAACUUUUCUGUACAUUUUCACGUCACCUGGAUGCGAAACAUAAAUUUGGCAUCCUAUGCAAAUAUAUGCUGACGUAAAAGAUCAUGUGGUUUUUGUCGUCGAUCCCCCCUAUGAGCAACGAGGAGGUUUUUUUUUCUCCUCUCUACUGUUGUCUUUAGGUUAGCUAUGCUACAAUCUUUACUGUACCCAGCGCUAGCUAUAUGCGCCCCGCACCGCACCACUCUGGAUAUCUGGGAAUAAUCAACUUCCAGGCUGUCGCACCCUGCACCCAGAGACUACACACAGAUUCCACAGGAGAUUACCCAGAGUGCUGCUCGCCUGAGGAUCAUCAAGAAGAGACGGAGAACGACAGAUUGGACGUGGAGGACGCACAGUGAUUGCAGGAGGAGGUGGAGCCUCAGAAAGACCCCCUCUGCGUCCAGUGAAGCCCCUCCCCUCUGAGGAAGUGCACUUGAGAGCCACUGCUAUCUGUGAUGCCCUCCCAUGACGCCCAGGUCGGUAGCUGACACUGCCAGUGAGCGGGAGACGCCACUGCACAACUGGUCCUGGGCCGGCACCAUCAGCCGGUUCUCGCCCUCCCUCUUGCACGCUGGAGACUCCAACUCCACCCACUUACCAGUAUCCACAACCAUCAGCUCCGAUCCACCCCAGUAAGUCCCUUUCAAAAACUGACAGGCUGACAUCCUCAGCCAGUACCAGCAGCAGCAGCAGCCAAAAACUACAGUAUCUUCAACGCAACACCAGCACCACCAUUAUCACCACCACCAGCAGCAACCAUCAUGUCCAGUCGUAGAAAGUCCUCCACUCCCUGCAUGGUCCGGGUCAUCAGCGACCUGCCUGAAGAGCAAGAUGACCCCGACAUGGACAUGGAAAUAAUGGUGGACAACGAUGUGACCGAAAAAGAACAAUCAGAAUCUGAAUCUGCAGAAAAGAGUGAAGACCCCCAGCAGAAGGAUGCAGAGAAUCCAGACCAGCAGACGUUUCCACAACCAGUGGAGAAUCCUGAGCCAUUACAAAAAGAGGAGCAGUUGGGUGAGAAAGAUCAACCGCCUGUUAUUGAGGAUGUAGAAGCCACAGAGGAGAAGGACAGGGAAGGGGUUGACUCUGACCCGACAUACCAGAAAAAGCAGCCCAGAGGCUACGAGUGCAAAUACUGCCCGUUCUCAACGCAAAACCUGAAUGAAUUUAAGGAGCAUGUGGACUCCAGCCACCCAAACGUCAUUCUCAAUCCGUUGUACCUCUGUGCUGUCUGCAACUUCAACACCAAGAAGUUCGACUCACUCACAGAGCACAAUGAGAGUCAGCACCCGGGCGAGACCAACUUCAAGUUCAAGAGGAUAAAAAUGAACAAUCAGACUAUCUUAGAGCAGACAAUCGAAGGCAAGGACAAUUCAGUCGAAUGCGAAGUGACAAAUGAACAGGGCGAAAGCAUCAGCAGUUCAGUGAUUCCACCUUGUAUAUCAACCACAGUGAAAACCCCAGAUAAUAUUCAGCAGUUCUAUCCAGGGAGCGAACUGAAAAGCCAGCAGGACGGCCUGAUCCAGAAGAAUCAAAUCACAGCAGUGAACAUCAAUGGAACAGUCAUCAUCCCCGAACCCACCAUCCUCCAAGGGCUCUCCCAUGUCACCCCGAUGCUCCAGCGCCCUCCCAACUUUAACUCUGUACCAAAAAUAGCUGUUCCCUUGAACACCACCAAAUAUAACCCUUCGUUAGAUGACAACUUGACGUUGAUCACCUCCUUUAACAAGUUUCCUUACCCGACACAUGCUGAGCUGUCGUGGCUUACAGCUGCCUCCAAGCACCCAGAGGAACAGAUCAAAGUCUGGUUCACCACCCAGCGGCUGAAGCAAGGCAUCACCUGGUCCCCGGAGGAGGUGGAAGAAGCCAGGAAGAAGAUGUUCAAUGGUUCAAUCCCUCCUGCACAUCACACAUUCACCGUCCUGCCUACAAGCCCCGUCUCUCAGCCAUCUGCCAAAUCCUCCCAGCAGCCCAUUGUCCACACUACAGUUGGGCAUGCAAGUCACGCCCGGACAGCCGCGUCCAAUGGGUUAAGUGCAGUCGCUACCACAAACUCUCUUGCCGGAGUUACCACUGGCUGCAGCCCCGCCCUUAAACGAUCCCUGCCAACACACCUGACGACAGUGUUCGGCCCGGAGUCUAAGCGGCCCAUCAUGGCAGUUGCCCCCCAUUCUGGCGACGCCAAAGACAGGGGCCUUAUGGCUCCUCCUCCACCCCCUCCUCCCCCAAAAGACCGCCUCCCAAUGGCUCCACCUCCUGUUCCCAUAGAGAUGAAGAGACCUGUAGCAGUUCCUAUGGUCACCAUGGAGAUGAAGAGGCCAUCCGUUGCUGUGCCUUUUAUGCCACCGCCAUCAUCAUCAUCACAACCUUCGCUGUCCAAAGGGAAGAUUCCCUUGACAUUAGGAAACCCCAAAACAAAGCCGGUGGUGUCGCUGCCCUCCAUUGUCUUUCCAGAGUCUUUAACACGGCCACUGAUAGUUCCUCCGCCCAUCUUUGCCCCGCCAUUUAAAAACACAUUACUUUUUCCUCUUAGUUCACCCAAAGAAAAGCACCAGAAUACCCACACUUUGCCAGCUGCUGAUUUGAAGCUGCCAAACUCCCCGCCACUUACUACCCCACAGAUAAGGAGGCCGACGAUAAUCCAGUCAAUCCGCGCUCUGGCUAAAGCCCCUUCCCAGAUUCCAAGCUUCCCCUUGGAUAGCAAGAAACUAAAAGAGCAGCAGGGAGUGGAGGUGAAAGCCAGCUACCCCAGAGGAGAUAAGGUACUCACUCCUCUGGCAGAGGCCAACGGGACAUCUCGCACGGACGGAAAAUGGUCCCACGAUCAAACCUCCCUUCCUCACAACAAUGGAGUCAUGCAUGUGGAUGGUAUUGAGCCACCAGCAGCAAUGAAAGCAGACUUUCAGCAAAAGUCCUCGGUGCUGACCCAGUUCCCAUUGCUGGAGAGGAUGAAAGGGAAGACGGCGGAGCAGCUAAAGAUCUUAGAGGAGAAUUUCUUGAGGAAUAGCUUUCCCACGCUCAGCGAUGUGGACAAUCUGGCGGGCACCACCCGCAUGUCUCACCAGGAAAUCGACAGCUGGUUUGCGGAGCGCCGUGCAUUACGAGACAACCUGGAACAAGCCCUUCUCAAUUCCAUGGGCACUAAAAGGAUGGGCACUGGUGGCGGUGCUGCCAUCUCCAAGAAACGUCCACAACAGCAAUCUCUACAGCUGAAUGGGAUUCACAAACCAAGCGCCGGUAUUAAAAGCCCACUUCCACCCUCUUCCACCCUGCCCAUCAUUGCGCCCUCCAUCCCCAACCCGAAUUCCUGCUCAGUGCCUCCAGACAGCCGAUCCCUGGCGCUCCUCAAGGAUGAUUUUGCUCAAACGCGGUGGCCUUCCCCUGAGGAGUUCAGCCAACUGGAGGGUCGGACAGGACGUGCCGAACUUGCCCGCUGGUUUAACGACAGCCGGCUGCAGAGCGGUAACAUGGAACUGACAGAGCUUUUUCACAACAAUGGAGUGAAUGGAGGGCAAGGGCCACCUGUGGGCUCUCCCAAAAAUGCUCCCCUAAGCAUCCUCCAGCGUUGUCAGGAAGGAGCCCUCACAAACAACAACAAUGGCACUAAGGUGUUGGAGGCUGAGUUGGGCUGGCUGAUGGAUCAGCGCACUAACAGCCUCAGCAGUCAACAGCAUGAUGAGCUUCAAGACCGGUUUGCUGGCAGACUGAGGCAGCAGAAUGCAGCGGAGCUGAAGAACGGGGGACAGAAUGGGGGAGUGGUGGGAGGAGUACGGGAGGUGUUCGGCAGCUGGCUGGAGGAUGGACACUCGAGGAGAGGACGGGAGCUGCUCCUGGACAGAGACAGGAAGAUGGCGGAGGACACGUCUGGGAGGCUGACUGGAUAAACGGUGCAAAUAGGAUUUGCCGCCAUCACCGCCACUGCUGCUGGAAACAUACAGGAGGAAAGAAAACGAGGUGGACGGAGAAUGGAGCAACACACGGAAGAGUUUUUUUUUUUAAUCAUCAGACAUUGUAUUUUUUUUUUCUUUUAUUUUUUAACCGAUUUUUAUCUCUUGAUUGUCGCACCACAGAUCACGCACAACAUCCUCAGAGGUAAUCUCGUCAGCGUUCUCGACCUGGAGUGACCCCUCCACAGACGUGACGUUCACACGACAAAAGCAUGAGCUUAAAUAAGAUGGAGGGAGUUGGGGGGCUCUGUGGUGGCAGAUUUUAUUUUGGCGAGGGCGUAAACAUGCUCCCAAAUUGAAAUCAGAAGAGUGCGAGGAGAAAUUCAGGGUCAUGAUCUGUGAAGAUAAUUGAAACUGCCCUCCCUUACAGUGAAUCUGAAAUUGCUGCUUUCUUUUCAUUUCUCACAGUAAUGUGAGUUUUACAAUAGUAUUACAAUACAGGAACUAAUCUUCACCUAGUGUAUGCACAGACAAGGCUCAGUGCACAAACACAAUCAGAGAUACAACUUAUAUGCGAGGAGCUGAUAUCCAAAAUGCUGGAAACAAACAGGUGGAGGUUUUUCUACAGCUGGACAAUCCAAAACUUUCCUUUAACAGAUAAAUUAGUUGUGUCUGUACUAAUCAAUUGUGCUAUAUAAGUACAGGCCCUAAAAGCCAAUCCCAGCAGCAGAUUAUGAAUGAUGCUACAAACAGCCUGUUUCAUCAGGAGGCCUGAGAACCAAUUUAGGCUAAAUGAAACAAGUAAGUUCAUUUUGCCCAUUAACAUCAACCAUCCCUUUAAGUUUGUUUGUAAUCAGUGGGGAUGGUUCCUGAACAUUUACCGCUGCUCCCAGUUUCAUAAAACAAACGAGUCACUGUAUACUCAUGUUGGCGGUAUACACUGCUAUAAUACUGUCAUGAUGGAUGGUAAAAAAAAUUUUUUAAACUUGAUGCAGCAGAACCAGAGAUAUCGUCUGUUUUUUUUGUUCCUCUUCCUUGUCAGAACCUGGAGUCAAGAUUACCCAUAAUGCAACAUGACUAAUGACAGUUUGAUUAGAGACCCAGGUGUGUUCUGCUAGUAGCAGCUAAUGCAGCCUGCAGCAGAGAUGAGCAGCAGACUGCAGAGUACUGAUAACCUCACGUCUCACUAAUGGCGUGUUCACACCAAACGCAAAGUGAAUUUUUGCAUCAUGUUACUUAGAGUCAAAUCAAACUUUAUUUAUAGAGCACCUUUUAUGCAGUCAUGCAGCCCAACGUGCUUUGCAGAGCAGGAUUGAAACAGCGCAGAAAAAGUAACAAGUAAGUAACUAAAAAUUACAACAAUAAACAAUCAAAUGUUUAAAAUAAAUAAAAAUUGAAACAACAAAUAAAUAUAAGGGAUAAUUAAAAAAAAAUGGUAGAAAAGUCCAAAGACUUAAAGACAGAGGCGAUUACGAGGCACCAUUAAUUAAAAGCCAAGCUAAAAAAGAUAAGUCUUAAGGGUUCUUUUAAAAAUGUCCACAGAGGUGGAGUCACUCUGAUGCUCAGGCAGACUGUCCCAUUGACUUCUGGCCACAGUGGCUGAUUUCCCCAUGGUUUUAUGUUGAAUUCGCUGGGACCACCAGGAGACCAGCAGUAGAGGAUCUGAGCAACCUGCUAUGUCCAUAAUAAGAGAAUCUUAUUAGUUUUAAUAUUAGUUUAUAUAUAUUUAUAUAAUAAUAUUUUAUUAGUUCUAAUAAAAGAAUCUUAAAAUCAUCAUCAUAUGUGCUCUCUGUCUGGUCUUCGUCAGUAUUCUGACUGCUGCACAAGUUGUAGGUGGCCAACAGCUUUUUAGGUAGACCAAACGAGAGCACUACAGUGGUCAAACCUAGAGGUUAGAAUGGCAUGCAUUAAUUUUUCUCUGUCAGCCUGAGAGAGAAACAUCUAACUCAAGCUAUAUUUCUAAGGUGAUAAAUUAAUUGUGCAAAUACAGCCACAGGUGUGUUUUUUGGAAUAUUUGACAACUGCCAAAUAUUUGCAAUUAACAGCUGUGCUCACGGUUGUGCUAACUUAUUGGGGAUGGCAGCUGACAGCAAGUUUAGUUCCUAGCAAAGUAGAAGAAGUGAAGUGAACAUGGAGGCUUUGUGCUCUGAAUCAGUAUGAACCAAGACGGCAACACUCUUUAUCAUUUUUUAUACUGUCCAUGGCAGCGCAUUACAACUUCACUCCUUCUGUCGUUUACUUGCCAUUGUAAAAUAAACAACUUAAAUUAGAACAUUUAGAUUGCCUGUGGCUUCGCUCACAAAUCUGCAAGCCCUCACCCUGUUCUGUGACUGUACAGUACCAAUCUUGACACUUUGUUUGCACUUAUGUAUGUAUACCGAGAUAAGUCAAUCAGAAAUUAUUUAGACGUCUUUUUUAAUGAAAUACGUCACAAAUCAUGCUACGUACCUCACAGGCCAACAUAUUCACUUAUUUGUUGCCAUGCAGUAUUGGUCCUGUUUCUGUCCCAGUAAUGUUCCAAGCACAUAUUCCAAACUACCGGGUAGUGAAAAAUGGACGAAAUUAGCCUCUCCCUGACGGCUACAGGUAGUUUCUAUCAGGUUUCUAUACAUCAAUAAAGAAAUGCACUUCCUUGCAUUGGACACUAGAGGCAUCAUCCAUAUAUUUACGGAACUGCAGACACCAGUCACAUACAGUAGGUAAGUGGAAACGACAUCAGACAUCAAUAAUUUCAUCCUCUAUUUCUAAAUCUCGGUAACAUCAGGGGAAUCUUUACUGGAUCUCAACACUGAUAGGCUUUUGCGACACAGUGUCACGCAUUAUCCUAUACACAAAAAGUGCAGACUUUGCGGUGUGAGCACACCAUAACUCCAUUUUUUUUUUUUUUACUUUUCAAACUUGACGUCACCUGAAGACAAUUAUCAGACCUACACAGCACCCUCUGGAGAAACUAAAGGCUUUAUACUUUUUUUAAAAACAGAUGUGCAUUAAAGCUCCCAAAGACCUGGAAGCACAGAAUCAGUGGAGACUGACAUUAAAAAAUUCAAACAUGCCAUUUAAAUGUAAGUAAAUUUUCAAAGUGGAGACUUUGUAGAAUACAGUCCAAACACACAGCUUUUUGUGGAGCUUUCAGAGGUAACACGAUCUUCAUCAACUGACUUUUAAAAGUUAAGUUUUGAGCCAACAUGGACAAGAAAUCACAACAGCUUCUGUCAGCAGAUCCAUCAAUGACAACUGAUCAAACUCUGCCGAUGAAUACAAUGUGUUAUAAUUGAAUUCUUUUUUUUCUUCUUUUGUCAAUAUUCAAUUUUAAGUUAAAAACUUUUGAAAACCUUUUCAAGGAUUUCCUAAACUUAUUGAACUUGUUUCAUGACUCAUAUGACAGCUUUUUACUUUUUUUUAGGUAAUGAAAGCUCCUUCAAUUCUGUUCCAUGUUGCAUAUUGGGACGAUCGUGUCCUUGACCGCCAGAGACAAAACAGGGCGAUUUUUAUUUUGUUAUUAUUCCAAGGGGAACAUGUGAAAUCCUCAAGAAUUAGUAGAAAUAUAAAGCUGGGACACAGUGUUGGUUAAUAAUCAGUAUUAGGGUGGGCUGAAUGAAUGGUGCCUAUAAUUGCCUCCUCAAAUUUAACCUUUUUAAUAGCUUUGGUGCAUUAGUCGGUACAAUGCCAAAACAUUCCCUUUAAGACAAAGCUUUGUUCAUGGAAAAAAAAAAAUCAACAUCUUAAAGCUUUAGGAGAUUAGUUGGUUUAUGAUAAACAUGAUUAGUUGAUUAAUUGACUAAAUGCAUAUUUGGACACUAAAACAAAAUGACAGAAGGUAUUUUUAAUGUCCUCAAACUGUAAGUGUCCUAAAGAGGAACACCUCCUUGAAACCUUGUCCUCAGUUGAACUUCUUACUAUGACAUCACUGUAGGGUGUGGUUACAGGUACAACAGUCAGUGAGGCUGGUGCCAAGUUACACUUAUAAAUAUUCAAACCUUCUCUAAUACAAAAGAGGGCACCAUCAAGGAUCAGAGAUGUAGAUUUGUUAAAAUCCCAUGCCAUCCCUUUAAAAGAAGGGUGGAUUAGUAUUUUAAGGUGUGUUUUAAUCCACCUGUGUUUUUGUCUUAAAAGCUAUUUUUUUAAUUUGAGGAAAAAACUUAGUAGAAGUGAUGGGAAUUAGCAAGUCAGAAUAUAUCAGAAAGCUUUUAAUCUUAGGCUGAGGUGUAAAAGUUGACACAUUGACAAAGAGACAGAAACAGAAUUAGUGAAUAAAUAAUAAUAAUAAUAAUAAAUAUUGUGGCCUUACACCACCCCAGUGUGCUGUGAGAGUGAUCUCCACCUUUAAGCCGGAGGAGGUAGUAACAGUGCUGAAACGGUUUCUGUAUAAACAGGACAGGCAGCAGGAUGGGUGUGACAUUUUGAUAAUUGGUGAGGUUGUGGUUAUUUCUGUAAAGUUAUUUUUUAUGCCUGUUCUUGGUUCAGAUUUCCCAACAAACCAAACAAAACGAUUUACGACACAGCCUCUGGAAGAGCUUGUGUUGACAUUUUCUCAGACAGAGCAAGUCAUAUGUUCGCCAUUUAAUAGGAAGCAAGAGGAGAAACUGUAUUUUUGACGUUUCAUUUUGGUUAUGGCUGAUACUGGUGCAGGAUCAGGAAAGAGAAACAAAUGACCGAAGAACAAAAAAGCUAAAAGGGACAGUAACCCCUUUUACACUGCCUGCUCAAGGCAAGAAUAUCGCGCCGUUAUGCUGCAUCGCUGUGCUGUAUGUAAGGCACAAUUGUGUAAUGGUAGGACAGAGUUGUCUUGCCGUUAAGCCUGCAUGGUAGGUAGUAACAGUGCCGAAAUGGUGUCUGUAUAAGCAUGAUGGCUGUGACAUUUUGACAAGGUGUUAUGCGUUCACUUACUGCGGGAGAUUAAAAAAGUAGCUACUAGCAGUUAGCAGCUAACUCAAAGAAGAAGAACAGCAUUUGCCCGUCACACCUCAUUUGCUUCUAGGAUGCGGGGAUGCAAUCUAUAAUCACACAGUAGAGUGAAAUGCUGCCAAAGUCAUUUUGUGUAAGUAUGCAAAGAAGGCAUGUAGAAGGGACUUUGUAGCGGCUCUAUAGCGCCAUCUCUCACCAUCAGAUGUUGUUGGAGCAAUGAGGAGCAUAUAACCUUCCUCUCAUUAAACCAUGAAACAGACAGAUAUGUCAGGUAUCCAUCAUGUUUUCUAGCACAUGGUUUUCCAUCAUUUGAGCUCUUUUAACAAUCACACAACACACAACAUCUUUUCUUCUUCUGCAGUGGUUUAAUGGCACUGACUGGAGAAUUAGCUCCACCUGUGUUUCUUUAAAAUGUGCACUAAAUUUAACUUCCAGAACUUCCCUUUAAUGAAAUGAUUUGUGUGUUAAAGUCGAGAUAACUUCCCUUUAAAAGCAGGAUUUUUUUAUUGAUAAAGAGACUUGACUGCCUCACAUCACAAACCUUCCCUUUAAAAGAUCCAACAUUCCCUUUAAGCGGGAGAUUUAUUGAUGAUCAAAUAGAUUUGUAACUUUCUAAAAGCUUGGUUUGGUUUUGUAAAAAUCCCAAACCUGAAUGAUCUGUGUUUCUGAAACAUUUUGAACUUUCCCUUUAAGAAGAAACCAGUUUCAUGAUUAGCACUUUACUGCGAGUUCCUAAACUAAAAAAAAACUGAACUUCUCCUUUAAGUCACUCUGAAGAAAGCAGCGUCUGUCUCGUGAGAGGGGGAUUAGCAGGUCAUGAACUUUUGGACUGGACGGAUGUUUGCGGCUGAGGUGAUGUUGUGCGUGACCUGCGUUGCCGUGGAGACGCAAGGAGGAGGAGGGUGAACCGGAGCACUGAAUGUGUGCCUGCAGCAGCAGUCUGACUGUACACACCAACCGACCGACCGACAGACAGGGUGGAUUUAAAAUAAACAAACUACAAAGAAAACAACAACAAACAAAAACGCCGAGUGCCAAAGCUGGGAUCUGCUGCAUUCUCACUACACUUUUGAAAAAAAGGGUUCUUCUUCUUCUUCUUCUUCUUCUUCUUCUUCUUCUUCUUGUAAAUAGGAUAUAUAUAUGUUUGUUUGUUUUUGUUUUUUUCCCUGUAUUGCUACAGAUUUGUAAAAUUUUGCGGAAAAAAUUUUGUUACAUUUUGUAAAAUGGGAGCAACUCGUCCCCCCGAAACCCUCCUUUUUUUUAACCCCUCUCUCUCACUUUCUCUCGCCUCUUAUUCUUUUUUUUCUUUUGUUGAUGGACUUUUAAAAAAAACGGUGCCAUCAGUGGUAUGCGUGUGUGAGUUUAAUGUUUCUUUUUUUGUCCGUCUCUCAUUUUGUACUGAACCAGAAUGGAACCACUACAAAAAAAAAAAAAAAAAAUACAAAAAAAAAAAAGACGGACCAGUUGGCAAUACUUCAGUCACUUCCUCUUCAUCUCACCGGCACUGGACUUCCGCCCGCUACUUCCCGCUGAGAGGAGAGGAGAGGUGGGAGGAGGGAGGAGGAGUAGGGGAAGGAGGGAGGAAGAGGGGGGACUUCGCUUCACAUCAAAUCAGAUUUAAAAAACAAAACACAAAAAGCACCUUUGGACCUUUUUUCUUUUCUUUUCUUUUCUUUUGUUUUUUACUGUGCUGAAGUGAAGUCAAGUGCUAUUAUUAUAUUAUUAUAUUAUUAUUAUUAUUGUAGCCACUCUGUCUGGAACCCUUUUUUGAAGAAAAAGCAAAGGAAAAAAAACACACAGAAAAAAAAAAAAAAAAGAAACUUAAGCCAAUCUGCACUUCUUGUUCCGA